AUGGAUUGUCCUAAAAAGUCGUUCUUGUUCAUGAUCUCGUGCAUAAUACUCCUGCUCAACUACAACAAUGGUGGCUUUGUACACGCAACAACAAACAUUGGCUUGAACUACGGUCUCCUCGGAGACAACCUCCCACCUCCGUCCCAAGUUAUUAAUCUCUACAAGUCCUUAGGCAUUACGAGUAUUCGUAUAUUCGACACGAACACAGACGUCUUGAACGCAUUCCGCGGAAACCGCGAUAUUGGAGUCAUUGUAGGCGUCAAGAACGAAGACUUGGCGGCUCUUGCGGUUAGCGAAAACGCUGUUAACACAUGGUUCAUGACCAACAUUGAGCCUUACUUAGCUGACGUCAACAUUACGUUCAUUACUGUUGGCAACGAAGUCAUCCCUGGAGACAUCGGCCCUCACGUGCUACCCGUCAUGCAAUCUCUGACCAACCUCGUCAAGUCGAGAAGUCUCCCGAUCUUGAUCAGCACCACGGUGGCUAUGACCAACCUUGGCCAAUCAUAUCCACCUUCUUCCGGAGAGUUCACGUCCCAAGCGCGUGAACAACUCGUUCCCGUGUUGAAGUUCCUGUCUCAAACGACUACUCCUAUCCUCGUCAACAUCUACCCUUACUUCGCUUACGCGUCUGAUCCCUCCAACAUUCUUCUUGAUUAUGCCAUCUUCAACACCGAUGCGGUUGUUGUACAAGACGGGCCACUGGGGUAUUCAAACAUGUUCGAUGUGAUAUUUGACGCGUUCGUGUGGGCAAUGGAGAAAGAAGGCGUAAAAGAUUUACCCAUGGUGGUAUCAGAGACUGGAUGGCCAUCCGCGGGUAACGGGAACUUAACAACGCCGGAGAUCGCGUCUAUCUACAAUGGAAAUUUCGUCAAACAUGUGGGAAGCGGUAAAGGGACGCCCAAGAGGCCAAACAGUAGCAUUCAUGGGUUUCUAUUUGCGACAUUCAACGAGAAUCAGAAGCCAGCUGGGACCGAACAGAACUUUGGGUUGUAUUAUCCUACUGAUCUGAAGCCCAUCUACAAGUUGUUUUGA